AUGAAAUUAUUGGCAGCCGUUUUAGUUUUGUGUUCCUUGGCGCUUGUCCUUAGCUGGCCUGUUGAAAAUAACAACUUAGAUUUGCUUUUAGCAAUUGAUGAAACUGCUCAAGGAGUUGACAAUAAUGAUCACACUCGUCUAGCCCGUCAUCGCCAUCGUCAUCAUGGUGGUGGAGGUUAUGGUGGUUAUGGAGGCGGAGGCUAUGGUGGUGGUGGUUAUGGUGGUGGUGGCUAUGGAGGUGGUGGAUAUCCCGGCGGUGGCUAUGGCGGUGGAUAUCCCGGUGGCGGCUAUGGUGGUGGAUAUCCUGGAGGAGGUUAUGGUGGUAGUACCAGUGGUGCUUCAGCAAGUGCCAGUGCUUCUGCUACAGGCUAUGGUGAAGGAUAUGGCAGAUAG